CGGGCUCUGAACGGAGCUUUCUUGUUCCGUCACAAGCGGCGCCACUAUCGUCAAAACAGCGAUUGAUUCUUGAUGGAUUUUACAUACAUUGUAUCUUAUGACUAAGCGAAAUUAUGCGCGGAACCCACGGUCGUCUCGCGAGGUCUCGCAAGGUCUCGGAAGGUCUCACAAUGUAGGAACGAGGAGAGGAAGCAAAAUACGCACACUGCGAAAAUUAAUAACCGAGGCCUAAUUAAUACCAAGAGAAUAAAGCAGCUACGGAGAAGCAACGAUGAGAGAUGGAACGCACGAAGAUCAGAAUGGGCGAGUAAUGUCGUCGUUAGCGCAUAAUUUGCUGAUACUUGGCCAGAUAACGACGUGUAAUGGGAACGCAUCCGUGGCGGCUGAGAUAAAUUGGGAAAGAUAUCAAAUCAUUGAACGCAGAGGGCGAGCAGAGGACGUUCUAAAAGUCUCCGGGCCGUUGUUCUUCGUCUCUAGGAAUUUCUGCUGCCUGGACAUUUUCCAUCGUGAGAUCCGUAUCGAAGGGUGGCGAUCAAGAGUUCACGACCGGCGGUCACGAAUUUCGAUCGGGCUGCACCUUGCACGGUUUUACGGGACUUCCUUGGGGGUCCUUUACCUCUCGCCGGAGGCGUCCCUCUGCACGUCUACACGGAGCCGCUCGUGGCAACCUUUUCUUUUGUUCGAGAGUCUCGGUCGAUCCUCAAUUUACAUUCCGACGUAGUUGAUCGCGCCGCUUCCUGUUACUCGAACGGUGCGCGCUCGUUCCCCUUUCCUCGUUCCUCUUUCCUUUUUCCGCUUCCCACUCGCCGCGGUUUUCAUACUUGUUUCGUGCGUCCCGUCUACGGACGAGACCAACGGACAAGACCGGAAGUGGACGCGGUCGUUGGGUAUAGGCAGCGCGUCAAAUGAAUUGGAUAAUGUAAGAUCUCGCGCAUCGACGCACCGAUGCGCCGACGCGCCGACACGCCAUCGCGCCAUCAUCGGCCAUACCGAUCUCCCAUAACGAUCAGCCACGGCGAUCGGGCAUCGCGACGCGACACGAUUCGACAACUACGGCCGCGGCUGAAUAGAAGACGCGACGCGUCCUCUCUUUUGAAUAACAAUGAGCCGCGAAGUUCCCUCUUCGGGAACUCUUGGGAGGGGGAGAGGUCUCGCAGUUCGAAAAUUAGGUUCGCCACGGCCCUACUGAUUCGCCGACCCUUUUCCUCUCCCCUUCUCAGCGCUCGUUACCUCGGGAACUCGCGUGGCGCGUCUAACCGGUCUCGCUUAGAACCCCGCGAGGCAAUCUUCUUACGGAAGCUCGAACAAUCUUGAGAUCGCGUUCAAAGUUACGCGGAAAAAUGUAAAUUCUCGCGGAAGGGAAACAAUUCGGAGGAAGACUCCAAGGUUGCAACCGGGACCGAGACCGUGACCGAGACCGAGACCGUGGUAAAGAGGGGACAGAGGAAGAAGGAGAGAGAAAGAGAGAGAAAGAUAGAAAGAUAGACAGAGAGGUUGCGUUCGCGCUUUUCCAUCGGGGCCCGAAAGGCGUUGGGGCCCGAUAGGCGUCUUGGGUCCCGCUCAGUCUGCGCUCAGCGAUGUCGAAGCACGCGUGGAUAAAGCUUGAUCCAGGAUCGGUCUUGUUCGCGCGAGUCACCGCGGGCAAGCCGAGCGGAUCCAUUACCCGUGGGAACGACACGAUCGGUGGAUCUAUCGGGAGAUCGUGUUGCACGGCCGACAAACCGGACACGAUGCGCCGAAAUCGUGGCACGAUUUUCUUCCCGUGGAUCGCGAUCUACUGUUUGGGCGUCCUCGCGGUGUCUUCCACGGCGACCGGAAGCGGCAACCUCGGCGACCGAUGCACCGCGGACGAGGACUGCACCGCCGGCAGCCACUGUCGCCGCGGUUCCUGUCGUUGCACGCCGUACUUCGCCCGGUACAACGAGACGCUGUGCCUCGAGGCGACGCUGCUGGGCGAGGAAUGCUUCGUGGACGAGCAGUGCUCGCUGAAGGUGGCGAACAGCGGCUGCGUCGACGGAUUCUGCGGCUGCAAGCAAGGUUUCCUGCAGUUCCGUCGUCACACCUGUCUCGAACCGGCGAAGCUCGGCGAGGUCUGCUACAACCACGGCCACUGCAGACUAUGGCAGGAGAACUCCCACUGCGACUUCGUGAUCCCGGAUUUAUUCGGCCGGUGCCGGUGCACCGCGCCGAUGCGGCGCGAGAACGACGUUUGCAGACCAGACAACUUGAUCAGGCCGCCCCUGCAGCGCGGCCAAUCGAGCUCGACGGAAACGGCCUCGGUCGACGACGACCGCAUCUCCGCGUCCGAGGACCACCGACGCGACGAACCAGGCGCCGCGAUUCCUUGGCCGAACUCGUUGGACGAUUCGCAGGAGAAUUCGACGAUGGCGAUGGACAAUGAGGACGACGACACCAUCGUUGUGGACGCGGUCGAAGAUGCGGAAUCGUCGACGACGCUCAGGUCGAUCGACGAGUGGCCUUUGGAUCUGGACAAAGCAGGCGAAAAGUCGGACCGCCACGAGCCGAACGCCGCGACACCCGUCAGCCUGGGUCUCGAUUGCGUCUCGAACCUCGAGUGUCGGCUCGCGGAUCCUAACUCCAGGUGCAUCGAUGGCAUCUGCGACUGCGGGUUCCAAGGGAACUCGACCUGCACCGCGAGAAAGAGGGGCUGCGCGCCGGGCACCUUUCAGUGCAGAAGUACCGGAGCCUGCAUCAGCUGGUUUUUCGUCUGCGACGGCCGAUCGGACUGCCCUGACGGAUCCGACGAGCGAUGUUCCGACCCGGAAACCGAGUGUUCGUCCGUAGCCUUUCGCUGCCGGAGAAGCGGCACUUGCGUGUCGAGGGCGACCGUCUGCAACGGCGUCCGAGAUUGCCCCCGCGGCGAGGACGAGAUCGGCUGCAACGAUCGUCGAAAGUGUCCGGAGGGAGCGUUCAGGUGCAACAACGGCCAGUGCCUGCCGGCCUACGAAUUCUGCAACGCUGUGGUGUCCUGCCGGGACGGCAGCGACGAGCCAAGAGGAGCCUGCCGGACACGGAAUCGUGGAAGAGUCUCCGUAAGAUAUUGCCCGUUCGCUUGCGACAACGGCAGAUGCAGAUCGGAUGCAAUCGUGUGCAGCGGCCGCGACGGUUGCGGGGACGGUUCCGACGAGAAACGUUGUUCCGUCUGCGAAUGCCCCCGAUUCCCGUAGCCUAAUCCGAGUAGAGCAGCAGGAGUUUCAGACGGUAGAAGAGACUCGAGAACGACGAAUUAGGCGCUGUGGUACCUUCUCUCUGAAAGCGUAUCCUCCCUUCCGGUCGUCGUCGGUUCACCUGGGCAUCGUCGGGGAGAAAAGGAAGGUUUCGCGCGCGUACC